AUGAUGGAACUGUUCGUCCUCGUCGUCUCCGCCUUUCUGUGUUCUGCCAGUCCUCUUAGCACACCGACGGCACCUCGGGCAGCGCCACCUGAUCAAGCUGUACUCAAUGGAACGACAUUCGUCAACAAAGGCUUAGUGGCCUUCGGUUUGAUACCCUCAAAUUUCACGGAAUCCACUGGUGACACGCUGGGUGGCAUUGGAAGUGGUAUUGCAUUAAAACGAGGCACUUUUCAGAAGCUCUCGAACAGCACAUUUUCUGGAACCUUCAUUGUCCAACCUGAUCGAGGUUUCAAUAUUGACGGGACGAUCGACUAUCAAGGCAGGCAACAAGAAAUCGACUUUGUGCUCCAGCCGUACUACGGGGACGCGGAUUUGAACUUCAGCGAGGCACAGGAGACGCUCCAGUUGCAAUAUCAACAAACUCUGCUCUACGUGGAUGAAUUCAAUAACAAAACCACUGGUCUGGAUGCACUUGGUGUGCAACCCGCGGGGGGCGGGUUUCCUGUCUUACCCGUCCCGUCGGAAGUCUUCAACCACCUCUCCGUGGAUUGUGAAGGACUUGUCCUUAACGCCGACGGCUCCUUCUUCAUGAGUGACGAAUACGGACCUUAUAUUUACAGCUUCUCGCCGUCUGGGCACCUUCUCCAGGCUAUCCAACCUCCGAAUGCUUUCCUUCCGUUUAUUGAUGGUACCCUCAACUUCACCUCAGAGACCGAUCCCGAUACUGGCCGGGCUGCUAAUCAGGGCUUCGAGGGACUAACGGCUUCACCUGACGGGAAUACUAUCUAUGCACUCCUGCAAAGUGCGACAAUACAGGAUGGCGGAUCUUCAAAGUCGACGAGCCGAUUCACCCGAAUGCUUGCAUACGAUGUUUCCGAUUCGUCCAGUCAGUCGCCGCCGCUCAUCGGCGAAUGGGUAGUGCCGUUGCCUCAGUCAAAGAAAGGCAACACGCUUGCUCAAAGCGAGGUACAUUUCGUGAGCCCGAACAUCUUCUUUGUCCUUGCUCGGGACGGAGAUGGACAUGGAGGCGACGACAACAAGUCCAGCUACAAGCAGGCCGACCUUAUCGACAUCAGCAGCGCAACGGAUAUACACAACACAGUAUUUGACGAUCCUGCUAAUCCGAUCGCCGUUGACGGGGUGCUUAAUUCAAGUAUCACGCCAGCUCAAUAUGUCUCGUUCGUGAACUUCUUGGAUUCUGAUCAGCUUGCACGGUUUGGCCUUCACAAUGGUAAACCAGCAGACCAGACGCUUAUCAACGCCAAAUGGGAGUCACUCGCACUUGCUCCAUGUGAUGAUCCAGACUUCCCAGACGACUACUUCCUAUUUACUGCCUCGGAUAACGAUUUCCUCAGCACGCAAGGAAGCUUUGAUGGACAAUCUUUUGACACUGGUAUUGAUGUAGACAACCAAUUCAUGGUCUUCCGCGUCACUUUGCCAUCCGUACCGGAGGGCAGUGUUGAACAAUCCAUUGGCAUAUGA